AUGGAGGCCGUCGAGAGAUUGACAGCGUUGAAGAAGGCAUAUGCAGAUAUAAUGUUGAACACCACGAAGGAGGCAGCAGCCAGGAUUAUGGCAUCGGAGAGUAAGGCAGCCCGGUAUCAGCAUGAGCUGAAGGUUACAAAAGAGGAAGGGCUGCGAAUGCUACUGCGCCUUAAACAAAUGAUGGAUUCGAAGCUAAGGGAAGCAGAAGCAGCAUCUUUGAAUCAGCUGAAGAAGAUUGAAGAAGUUGAAGCUCAGCUCCAGGAAGCAGAGGAUAUUGUCAAAGAUCUCAGAGAAGAGUUGAGAGAAGUGCAGGCUGAACUGGAGCGGGUGAAAAACAAAAACAUGCUGCUAGUAGAUGAACCCGAUUAUGCUUGUCCAAGAGAAAUACCAGACCAAAAUAGAAUUUAUUCUGCUCAAUCCGUUGCAUUUGUUGAACCAAAUUUACAUAAUGAGUCCUCUGGACUUUCUGAUGUUAGAGUUUUACAUCCUUACCAGACCCACGAGGUUCAGAAGUGCUACAACAAGACAGUUAGUAUGAACAAUUCAUGUAUUGGAAGUCCAGAUUUGCCUUCUAUAAUACUGAGAAGUAAAGAGUCUGGAUUGUACCGAAAGGGUUGCACAUACAGAAUUCGUGCAUGUGAAAGAAAUUUGUGGGAUAGAGAAUCAUAUCGUUCCGGGAAACAUGUUAAAGUGAAGAAUACAAGUGUCAAAUGGCGUGAAGAGGAUAAAGAUACCUUUAAAGAACCAGCUCAUGGGACUAAAGUUUUAAGUGAUCGUGAGACAAAUCUAUUAGGGGGUGUCAAGCUUACCAGAACUGAAUCUUUUGUUUCGAAAAGGAAAAGAGCUAUUAGGCAAAGGAAAUAUAUAACACCCCCAUUUGGGGAACAAUCUGAUAUGCAACUGAAACCUAUUCAGGUACUUGAUGCUAAUUCAGGUAAGAAUCUUUCCAAGAUGGCUUCAAGAUGGUUCCUGCAUAAACCUCAACCAGGAAUUCAGCCAAGGUGCACAAAAUCUUCUGAGAAGGAAGCAGUUCUUAUGGAAUGCUGUGAUACUCAAGAGGGAAUGUGCCAGGAUGAUGCAUUGAUUGAGAAUUUGCUGCUUUUGAGACGGGAAACUGAACCUGCAGAGAUUUCAGGGACCCCAUAUCAUAAACUGGAUGCUGAAAAUUUGCUAGUGAAUGAUUUAGAGUCGAAAUCUUCUGAUAUUACUAGUGGGUAUCCUGAUCAAGCUAGAAGGGAAAGAGUUAUUAAGUACACAUUUCAGAGGAAGCGGAAGAGACAGAAUUCAACUGGAGCUGAUGUGAAUGUGUCUAUUGAAACCGAUAAUUUGGAAAGACAGUCAGGGAAUAAACAAAAUGGUGAUGAGGACCUAGAUCUGCAGAAGCCAAGCUUGGAAACCGAAUCAUUUGAAGACGAUCUGCCAUUAGCACAAGUUGCUAGUCAGCUUUUAUCUUUGUCUAAGAAGAAGUGGUGGCUGUAA